CCCCCCCACACGCCCCCUUACCCACCGCCUCAACGUGGAGCAAAGUUUUCCCAAACCUGCCACCCCUGGAAUCCCUGCAGAUGUGCGGAGCCUGGCGCUGAAGCGGGCGCUUGCCAGCAGCCCAGAUGCAUUUGCGACUCUUUGCCUUAGUGAUGUCCUUGUUGUGUGAGGUGAUCAGGAUGGGGUCCGGCGUCAUGCAGAAGCAAAGCGCUCACAGAGAGACGUCGGAGGACUGUCAGAGUUGCCUGGAGUGCUCGCGGGACAACGGCUGUGUACGCUGCCCAGAGCGACUCUUCCUGUUUCUGCAGAGGAAAGGGAUGUCUCAUCAUGGGACGUGUCUCCAUUCCUGUCCCGCUGGACACUUUGGACAGAGAGGGAGGGACGUGAACCGCUGCAUGAAAUGCCGCUCGUUGGACUGCGAGCAUUGUUUCAGUCGGGACUUCUGCACCAAGUGUAAGCCCGGCUUCAAGCUGCACAAAGGCAAAUGUUUGAUCCACUGCCCAGAGGGAACCUAUGCUCACCAGACAGACUGCCUUGAGGACUGUUCCCUGGCUCCACUGGGAGAGUGGAGCGAGUGGAGCGUCUGUGUCCGUGACGGCGCCACCUGUGGUUUCAGAUGGGGAAAGCAGACCAGGGCCCGGCAGAGCAGCCAGAGUGGGAGAGAGGCCGAAGAAAAAGGAGCGUCGGUCUGUCUGGCCCAAAGUGAAACACAGAGGUGCAGGAUGAAGAAAAAAUGUCCCACAGAAAGAAGACAGAAUAAAAAAGGAGGACUUGGAAGGAAGAGGGAAAGAAAACGAGUGAAGCUGCUCGCCAGCAGCCGGCCCGGCGUCUCACCCGAGGCAACGACAGACCCCAGCAGAGGUCCCUGAAACGCAUCCAGCCGACCCGCCGGAGCACGUGUUGGUCGGCCCACAGCAGAACUCUCCGACCCGCAUUCAGCCCCCAAGAUCCCAAAAUCAGUAGGAAGGAGGAAAACUGUGACGAGCGGGUUCCCCUUCAGUUUAGUCCCGUAAUGUGAGAAUAAAUGAUCCUGUGUAUGCGUUACAAAAACAAAGAAAAAUCCAAUCAAAGCAGGAUCUGUUGAGUCACGUUACACCCGAGUUGCACUGAAAAUUAUAUUUAACUCAUUUCAAUUUGGUUUAUCUACUGAAUUUCCUGCUAGUUUUACCAGAAUGUAGCAACGAGGCCUGAUUCAAGUCCUUAGAAGUCAAUAUGGCCCAAUUUAUUCCUAAAUAAAUCUCAAUCAAUACCAAUUCAUCUGGGUUAGAUUAUAUUAUAAAGAAGAAAAUGAAACAUUCAUAAUAAUCAUCUUGUCAUUUGUGCGUUUAGGGAGCAGUGGGCUGCCACAGGGCUCCACACUGGGAGCAAACUGUGGGAUUUGAACCAGGGAACUAACCCCUAGUCCAUCCCUGUAUUGUCCCUCUGAUCUGGGAGAAAUUGGGUCUGGUUGCAUCAAAACACAGCCGUAGCUCAAAGUGGGUCAUCGACGGGACAAAGAUCCUAAACACAGCGGCAGAUCUGCCUGAAACGAGCCAGGGGUUGCAACGGCCUAGUCAAAGUCCAGGCCUCCACCUUGUUGAAAAAUGCUGAAAACAUCUGGAAAAUGAAAAA